AUGCUACUAAAUACUGGCAGUCAGAACUUCAAGUACCAGCUUCAAAGUGCUGUUGGAAGAACUUCUCUACUAAAGAUUCUUAUUACAGAGAGUCUAUAUAAUCUUUUAAAAGAGGAAGUAAAAGCUUUACAAGCCUCUCUAGCAAGGCAUUAG